AUGGUUGAAGAGAGUUCUCCACACUACAAACAGCUUUUCUUAGAGGCCGAAGAGCGUCUUCUGCAGGAAGAAGAGCGUCUUCUUCAGGCCAAAAGGCUUUGUCUGCAGACUGAAGAUAGAGCAAGGCGAGCAACGGCGAAAAUUCAAUCAACUAAUUUUGCUGAACUCAUCCGCCAUUCCCACGACUUCAUCUCACGGCAUUUGAGCGCUGCAACACCGUCACGCUCGACCACGGGAGCCAUUCCUCUUCCCACCGGAAAGUACUGCCCGACACGACUAGAGCACUGGGCCGACUGCUCAUCACAACAGUCAGAAAUAUAUAGAUCUGUCUACAAGUAUCUCCAGUCGGCACCAGAAACAGCGCCACGGAUGUUCUCGUCGAUAAGUGCGUUGGAGCAUACCGGUCGGCAAUUUGCUCACACGCCAAUUAGCAGUGAGCGAGAACUGAUGUUCCUCGAGCGAACUGCUGUGGAAAUCCAUGUCCUUGACAUCAUCGGCCAGCUAUGCAAGCUCCCGGCUGCGCGUGCUGAAUUCGGCCUUCGUGAUGGACUCGAGGUUGGCUAUCAUGUCAACUUCUUGGGGAAGGAUGACCUCAUGGAUGAUAGUGUUGAGUCACGCCCAAGCCGUGAUAGUCUCUGCAUACAUCGUCUCGAUGCCGACACUACCUCUGUCCUUACAUCUGCCGGCUACAGAGUUCCUCACAUGCUAUCGGUUGAAGCUCUCCGUCUAGGCCUUCGGCCAAUGGAUCUAUGGCAGGAUAUGGUCAGAUCAAACCGAAUCCCCACGGACCCAGAAGCAAAGGCGCAAUUUCAGGCAAGUAGACUUGUUUGCUCUGCUAUUGUCAAAGAAUACCAUAUGAUGAUUCAAGAAGGGCUGGAAUAUUCGUACUUGACCACUGGGAUAACCCGCGUUCUUCUCCAUGUCCCAUACGAAAGUCCAACCACGCUAUAUUACUUCUUGUGUGACCCUAACAACGAACUGGACCCAGAGCUGGAAGAAUCUUUCCAACAACCCAAGACAUCUAUUGCUAGAGUUCUUUGUUUGUGGUUAACGGCAUGCCGCUCUACACCGCGUGACCAGGAAUGGAGAAAUUCUGUACUACCAAGGCUCCAUGUCUGGGAGACUGGUUUUGAUGAUACUGGUUCUCAGGCUCAGAAGGCAGAGCUGGAACAGACUCCCUGUGACUCCAAUAAUACGACGAAAAGGCACACGAGUCUGGCUGCCAUGAUUCACCACGAGGCAAGUGAUAAUCAAGGUUUCUCGCAAUACCGCGAUGGGAAGUUUUGCACCCUGAAAUGUUUGCGCGGAUUGCAGACCGGCGGGUUGCUAGAUCAUAGCUGCCCAAAAGUGAAGCUCCAUCGUCGGGGAAAAGAUGAUACUAAACAUUCUACUACGUCGACAGAUCUACUUCGCUCAAUAAAAAGGCAGUUGGAUGAGAACAUUGAUCGGUGCAUUCUUUAUGGAAGUCGCGGCUCAUACGGUGCACCUUUCAAGCUAACAUGCGCUACAUAUGGCUAUGCUGUCCUAGGAAAAGGAACUACAUCGCAUUUGUGGAAACAAGUCUCCCGCGAAGCAGAAGUAUAUCAAAUUCUGCGGAAGGCUCAAGCACGUGCAGUUCCUGUUUUCCUGGGUGUACUCAAUCUGUCUAGAAUAUACUUCCUCCAUGAAGCUGGAGAGAUUCGACACAUGCUCGUUAUGGGCUGGGGAGGCGAGUCCACGGCGGAAAUGGAGAUGACACCAGAGCUUCUGGGACAUAUCCACAAAGCGAGGAGGGAAAUAAAAGCUCUGGGAAUUGUCCAUGAUGAUCUUCGGGACGAGAAUGUUCUCUGGAACGAAGAGCUUCGUCGGGCGUUAAUCAUCGACUUCCAUCGCUCUACGCUGAUACCUCGACCACUCGUAAAGCGAUCACGACCAGAUCGAAAAUUACUGCGUCCGGAGUCCAGGGACACAAAGCGUCCGCGCAUUGUAUGA